AUGGGACAGUCCCCUCCCGCCCCCCACGAGGCCCUGCGGGCUGGGGAGGAGGGACCGGCCCGACUCCCCCCACCCUUCCUGCCGCCGCAGCCGCCGCCGACCGCGCUCCGAUUGGCCCAGAGUCUGAGUGACGUCACGAGGGACGGUGGGUUCGCCCCGAACAAAAGAGAUGCUGAUCUCCCGCCAGCUCUCAGUCCUGCCUGCGGAAGCCUUUGGCUGGUGACCUUGAAAUUUUCAGUCUCCAGAUCUUGUGGCGUGUUCAGAAAUUUCCUGAAUUUCUAUAGGACUGAGAGGCAAAGCAGUAGUCUGCAACUAUUCUGGAGUGUCCGUAACAGAGAUGUCUGGCUUCCUCCCGUAGAGUUCCUGUGGAGUGGUACAGCAGGAUGCUUACCCCUGAGCUCACCCCUGAGCACUCGUCUUGUCAGAAGGAUGACUUCCAUUUGGCUUCGACUUCUGCGUCCUUCACAAUAUCUUAAAGUAAGGCCAUUGUGCAGGAGUCAAAGCAACUUUAAGAGAGAAAACAUGAUGUCUAUAUCAUACGACUGCUUUUCUCUUGGUUAUUUUGAAGAUGUAUUUCUUGUAUUAAAAGAUAGUUCAUGUCUAAGUAGCAGAAAGGAAGUUUUUAAAUGAUCAUCCAUAAAUAUAAAGCAUUAACUUUUUUAUUUAUUAUACACUUGAUAAAAGUCAAAACCAAAAUAAUGAGAAGCAAAAAUUAUCAAGACAGUUGAUUUAAACUGAAUAUUCUUAAUUAUUCUCCAACUAAGAUAGAUUUUAUGAUUUUCCCUUCUUGGUACAUCUCUGAGUUAAAAAGGACAAUGAGAAGCCAGGGCAGGUGAGAAAAUUGUGCUACCAAAAUGUGACAAGCAGGCAUGCCCAAAAGGAUUGUUCACUUUCUUAGAUAAGCGAAAAUAAACAAGAUUUAUUCUUCAGUGCUCAAAUAUCCUGAUGUGUUCCAAUGGCGAGAAAAUGCAAGCAAUGAAGCAAUUGUAGUUACUAAGUUGGAAAUUUGAAGUAAUAGCUAGUGGCUCUUUCUAGAAAGUGCUGAUGUUAUAAAUAUGUAUUAAACUGUUCAAAAUCGUGUGAA